GUGUCCUCACCUGUCGGGUGUUCGGUUUCACAGGAAGACGGUAUGGGAGUGUCCACAGAGAGCAUGUUGUCAUUAAGCUUUCCUCCUACUGGUCAGGAGCUUGAAUGGGAGGUCUGUCGGAGCAGCAGCGGCGGAGUGAGUCCGUGUUAAGUGUUUUGGCUUUCAUAUCGGUGCGUGAGCUGCGUGAGGAAAGUUGUAAUGAGCGCGCGUGCUGCAGCUUUAUGUGCUACUUUAAUUCAACUCCUUUCCGGACACGGCUCGCGUGCGUCUCUCCAAAACUAGUUUGGGAAUAUAUCCCGAGACAGUCGUUUUUUUUUAAUAUAUUAUUAUUAUUUAUUUAUUUAUUGUUUGUUUGUUUUGCUUUACGGCUACCCUGUGGCAACGUAAGAGCUUUAAGCAAUGGACGAGGACGGCGCAGUGUCUCCCAUUUUGAAGGAUAUAGAGACAAAGUUGGGAAGAAAAGUUCCGGAUAGUCUCGUGCGUUCUCUCGCCGGGGGAAAACCCGGCGACGGCAGCAAGCACGAGAAGUCGCCACAUUUAUCCAACUGCAAAUUUUGUGCCAACUCUACGGACUUGAAGCGUCUGGAGAGCAAAAUGCUGUUGCUGAAACAAGAAAUGGCAAACCUGCGAGCCAUCGACGUGAAGCUGAUGCAGCAGCUCAUGUCAAUCAACGAGGGCAUCGAAUCCAUCCGCUGGGUGAUGGAAGACAAAGGAGGUGUCGCCAGCCAAGAUGGCAGCCUGACGGGCAGCUUGUACAGCCUGUCAGACAGCCAGGAUGGCGCCUCGCUGCGAGGCAGCUUCAGCAGUCUGAACGACGGCAACAGCGACGGGCUGGACGGCCUGUCUGUCGGCAGUUACCUGGACACACUAGCGGAAGAUCUCCCGGACGACCCGUCGCCCACAGACCUCGAUCGUUACGUGGAUAAAACUGUAAUUGACGGCGAAGCCUUCAGCAAAUCACCUCUGAAACUCAGGGUGGAAUCGGACGAGUACUACUGCUUUGGAUAAUGCGAAGCUUGAACGUGGUGGUUGAGAUUUUGAGAAGAAAUAUUUCAAAAAGUUUUUACGUUUCCCACGCGCAUAAUAUCAACAGCCAAGAUGAAAGUCUUGCCAAGUAACUAACGGUAGAGUUUAACUUGAAACGAAUUUCCUACUAGUGGAUUUGACAAACCUCUUCAAACUCUUGCUACUUAAUUAACAAUAAUGUCUUAAUAUUUUAUGACGCAGGCUGAACCAAAAGGUGCUUGACUGAGAUUCGAGAUCUUAUUUAUUGUAGAGUUAUCCAGUACCUCAGUUGCCUCACCUUUAAUUCUUUUUUAAGCCUGAAAAAAAGAUAGAAACAUCAGCUGAAAAGCUUCUUUUCCUCCCCAUCUGUGAUAAAACUCCAUAUGGAGCGGACUUUGUGUUAGGUCAACCACAAUCAGCUGAUCAAAGUAAAGGAGUAGAUUAGGAUUUAGCAGCCAUUUGGAAAAUUGGACAUUUCACGCUGAGCAAUUCAAGAAGGUUAAAGUGUUCCAAGUGGCAAACUGAUUAGUUUAAGUGUCACAGCAAGUGCAAUUUGCUAACACGCCAAAGUCUAAGCACCACCUACUGUACAUGCUAAACUUUGAAUUAUUUUUACUGAUGGGAGUUCCAAAGGCUAAGCUCCACUCGGUAGUAGUGGUAGUAGUAGUAGAAGUUGCAGCAUUAGCAGUAGUCUUACACUCAAGAGAUUAGUUGCACACAUGUAGCACAAAUGCUUGACUGAAAAAACCAAAGGAAUUUGAUUGUCUUAUCGAUAAAAUAGCCCCUGAGGCGACGCACCAGAUGGGAGAUUUAGCGACAUAUGUGAAACACAUGUUUGCUCCGUGGGCACAUUUGAAUUCUCUGCUGUUAAAAAGCUUUAAUAAGAGCUACACGUUGCUGUACAUAUAUGUUUUAGCUUAAAACUCGUUUUUUAACUUUUUUUUUUUUUUUUUUUUUUUACAUGUUUUAUGAUGCUUUUUUUUUCUAAAGAAAAAGCUGUUUUUAUUAAUGACUCUGUUGUGGAAAUGAAAUAAUAUAUUGUGAUUCUCUUCUUGCUCAA